AUGACAAUUACUGAAUUAUGGUAUGUUAAAGUAGGCUUUGGUACAGAAGUUGGCGGAGCAAUAUUCACACUUUUAGAAUUAACAACAAUGGAUGAAUUUAUAUUUCUUGGUGAUGAACGAAAUCUUAAAGCUGUAUUUGUAAAAGGAAGGAUAGUGACUUGUACUGAUAUAUAG